AUGAAGUCAAUUACUUUGGGCGUAUUGUGGGCGAUUUCGUGUAUCGCUGCCAUCGGUGCUGCUGCUCCCGAGCGUCGAAUCUUUGGUGGCACGGAUGCAUUCACCGGGGAGCUCCCGUACCAGGUGUCCAUCCAGCGUGCCUUUCUGACCGCCCGGACACAUGUCUGCGGUGGUACGAUUCUUAACCCGCUGCACGUACUGACGGCGGCGUCUUGCUUUUGGACCGAUUCAACGUCACGCUUCGAAAUCGUGGCCGGAAAUCUACGCAUCGACCAACCGGCCGAUACGCAGCAAGUGCUCGGUGUGUUCUGGAUACGAAUGCACCCGGGAUACACCGGUGGAACGAGCUCGUUCGAUGUGGCAGUGAUCCGUACCUCAUCCGCGUUCUUCUUCACCGAGCUGAUCCGCCCGGUAACACUGCCGGCGUACGAUGAGCUCCCAUCCGGGCUGGUGCGUGUCGGUGGUUGGGGUUCGACCAGCACCAGCAUCCUGCCGGGGAACAAUUUCUCCAACGUGCUGCAGAAACUCAACGUACUAAUUGUGCCCUGGAACGAAUGUCUCAGUGUUCUCGGUGGACCGGGUGGCCCGUUCGACGAGCGUAACAUCUGUACCGGACCGCUGAGCGGUGGCAUCUCGACCUGUACCGGUGAUGGGGGCGGUGGCGCGGUACAGCAUCUCGGGAACGAUGUGUUCCUGCAGGUCGGCAUCAUUACGUGGAAUGUGCUGCCGUGCGGUGGGAUUAACACCCCAUCCAUCUAUACCCGUGUGUCGGCGUUUACCGACUGGAUACAGGCGAACUCGGCCUUGUAG